AUGUCAUGCAAUCUUAAUGAUUGUUCAACAAGAACACCAUUCUUGCAUAGAAGGUCUUUGAUUGUUGCUACAAACGACACGUUACCACCACCUGUUCAUUUCGAAUCUUUUCGAAUCUCAGAGGAACAGUUAAAAUCAUGUACAAACAACAAAGUGAAAGAAUUUUAUAAAGAUCAAAAUAAAAUGAUUGACAAAUUUGUUCAAGUGGAUCGAGUUGUUGAAUCCUUACAGAAAACUGCUUCCAAUAAUUACGGAGCACUAAACGAUGAAGAAAGCAUGUUAUAUCCUGUAGACUCAUCUUUAAUACCGGCAUCGAAUGAAUCUACACGUUUAUUAUUGGAUAACAAUACGACUCGUUCCAGUUCACCUGAUGAUAUUAUGAAUGCUAAAUCUCCGCUUUGGAUCAUUCAUCUUGCCAUCAAUCUAUCGUUUUUAGCCAAUGUUGCACUCUUCUUGACAAAAUUGAUUGUAGCAUGGUAUUCAGGUUCAAUGGCUCUUUUAGCGUCUGCCUACGAAAGUUUUCUAGAUAUUGUUAGUAAUGCUAUCAUUUUUGUUACUGCUCGUCUUAUUCGACAAAGAAACUAUUAUGCUUAUCCUGUAGGAAAGUCACGUAUGGAACCACUAGGGAUCAUUGUCUUUGCUGUCAUCAUCACUACUUCCUUUUCUCAAGUACUAAUAUCUUCUAUUGAAAAACUUACAACAGGUGAAGAAGGUGAAGUAAUUGAUCUUAGUGCAGCUGCGAUAACUAUUUUAGCCCUUAAUAUAAUUGUGAAAGGUAUACUUUGGAUUUGGUGUGUUUCUAUUAAGGGUAGUUCAAGUGUAGAGGCCUUGGCAUAUGAUCAUGAAAAUGAUGUUGUUUUCACUAUUGCAAGUACAUUAUUUCCUUUGAUAGGUAACUGGAUGAAAUGGUCCUGGUUAGAUCCUAUGGGUGCCAUUUUAUUAUCUAUUUAUAUUAUUUAUGAAUGGAUGGAAGUGCUAUUGGAAAAUAUUAAGAGGUUAACGGGACAGGCUGCAAGUGCAGAUGACAUUAAGCAAUUAACAUACAUGGCAUAUCGUUUCUCAAAAAAGAUUAUGGCGGUGGAUACAGUGCGUGCUUAUUAUGUAGGAGAUCGUUUAUUAGUAGAAAUCGAUAUCAUUUUACCGCCUGAUUGCCCACUUAGAGAAGCUCAUGAUGUUGGAGAGGCUCUUCAAGAUGCAUUAGAGUUAAUGGAUAAUGUAGAAAGAGCCUUUGUCCACUUAGAUUAUAGUGCAGAACAUGAAAUUGAACACAGACGAGCUGUGGAUAACAUCUAA